AUGUGUCCAUGCACCUCCCUGAUGUUGUUCCUCGUGAUUGCAAGCCUUGCUCAUUGCUCCAAGCCUCAACUUGUCGCCAUGUACGAUGAAGUCGGCUUGGAGAAUAGAAAUUCAAUAGGAUGUAAAAGAAAACGUGAAGCACAAGCUACUGAUGUAAUGACUUGUGAUAAAGAUGUUGAAAGGCGGGCUAGAAGCCGAGAAUAUCAGUGUAACUAUCGUGCAUGGUUACGGGCUAAGGCAGUUGGUAACCAAAAAGAACCCCUUGAUCCUAGCAUGUCUAAUGAUAAAGAGGCAGAAAGACGGGCUAGAAAUCGGGAAUAUCAACGUAACUAUCGUGCAAAGUUAAGGGCUAAGGCCAGUGCUAAUGAAGAACAUCAUCCUAAUCCAAACAUGAUGAUAGCAAACAACCCAGAACAUACUGGUGUGCGCUGUAAUGAUAAAGACGCAGACGCGGAAAGACGGGCUAAAAUUCAGAAAUAUCACCGUAACUAUCGUGCAAAGUUAAGGGCUAAGGUCGAUGUUAACGAACAACGUCAUCCUAAUCCAAGCAUGUUGAUUGCAAACAACACAGGUACGAUUGAAAUUGUGAAACAAGAGAAUCUUGCAUACAGCAACCAAAAACCUAGUUGUGCCACUCGAACACGGCAAGGAGACGCGAGCUGCUGGAGCAACCACUGGACUCGCCGAGUAGGAGCCGAAGGCGCCCUUGUCGCCUCACAGAUGACAAGGAGAGCAUACCCAGGCGGCCUUCGGACGGCGCAGGCAGCAACAGCAACCUGCCCGAUGGCGCGGCCCUGUACCGGCGGCCAGCAGGCAGUGCGGCCAGACCCGUCUCAGACCUGCCCCGGUGUCCUGCAGGCGGAUCCACCAGCUCCGGCGGACAGCCCUGGGCGACGCGGCCAGACCCGGCGCAGCCCUGCCCCGGCAACCUGCGGGCAGAUUCACCAGCUACAGCGGCCAGCCAUAUGGGCGACGCGGCCAGACCCGGCGAAGGAGCUCUGCCUGGCUCACCUUCUUCACCGGCGGCAAGAACUGGGACGCGCGGGCAGCCUCGGCAGUGGUGCUCUGCACAGCAGGGUGGAGUACGGGCAGAAAUGGAGGAGAGGAGGUGGAGAGAAAUGA